AUGAUGAAGUCCAAUAGUCGAGACGGACUUACCGAAGGUGAGGGCAUAUGUUAUUAUCCGCGAGAUUCUGGUGUAGUGUCCUAUCGCGGAGAAUACCACCGUGGUCGACGCCAUGGAAAUGGAACAUUAGUAUGGAGAGACGGACGAACGUAUACGGGCAAAUUUGCUAAUGAUCGUAGAGGCGGAAUAGGAACCAUGACGUACAGAGACGGGAGUACGUAUACUGGUGCUUUCGUCAAAGGUCGGAGACAAGGGAAAGGACAGCGGACCUAUGCCAACGGUUCUACUUAUCAAGGUAGUUACGAAAAUGACGUGAAACAGGGCCUUUUCGUUGUUCACAAUGGCAAUGGCGAUCGAACUAUAGAGGUUUAUGAUAAAGGCGAAUUGAAAAAGCGAUCUUCCAGUCGUCUGAGAAGUAACAGUGUUAGUAACGACUACGGCGUCUUUUCGAAGCGCACGAACAGCACUUCGAGCGUGUAG